CCAUGUGCUCAUAUCAGUUGCUUUCGUGAUUGGCUUGCUGGGGGUGGACAUUUGGACAACGCUGAAUUGAGUUGACGUGCCUGCUACAUUGAAGGUUUCAAAGAUGGGAUCUCUCCCAUGGCUUGCACUGUGUGUGCUGGCGUCAGUGUUGCACAUCUCAAACGCCGACAAUGCCCAAAAUGAAAUGCAAGCGGGUUGCCCCAAAACAGACGUUGGCAAUGGAACUCUACCUCAAGCUGCCAGUGGUGAUAGAGUGGGAGUACUGUGCAACACCGGAUAUGGAGCGGAAUACACAAUUUUCACGUGUGGUUCAAGCGGAUGGGAGGGCAUCAAUAAGACAAUCUGCAUUCCUGGUGUGUGUAACAAUGGAUUAAUCUUUCAAAGUGGCUGUAGGUGUCUGGCGGGCUGGAUGGGGAAGAAUUGUACAAAACGUGCUGUUACUUUCGGAGUCAACCCGAAAAACGAAUCCCAAAUACAACUGUGGUUUGUACCAGUUCCAGACUGUGCAGGACUGGAUGCGAUCCCAUGUUUACGAGCUGGCCAAGGCACUUUUAUAGAAGCUGUUGAUGCAUGUCAUCAUUGGGGCUUGUCGUCUCCCUAUUAUAAAGCGGAUCUAAAAUUUAUUGGACAAAACGCCCGAAAUUUCCUGAAAGACAUUCUUCUUACUACGCUUUACCCAACUCUAUACUUUCAGACGAUUGGAAGUGGACGCUUUUCCCCCCAGUACUACUUCAACAUUGACAAUGUUGAGAAGGGGGGCAGUACACCGUCCCGAAGGCAGAGAGUCAGUACAUUCAAUGUCUUGUGUACAGCUAUUUGGACUUACAGCAAGACUGCCUGGGAACACAAGAGAGUGGCAGUACGAUAUAGGCAACCAAGGUCAAAUUACGGUUAUCAAGAACUCAUGCCGAACGUGGUGCUUCGUGCAGUGCCCACGCUAUGCGCAGGUAUCGGAAUGCGAAUGCUGGGAGAAGACGAAUAUAAGCAGAAGCCAAGCUCUUUCAACAGGUUUUUGAAUAGUAACGGUGUCGAUCCAACCGACAACGGUCUGCCAGUACUAGGUGAAGAUGGCGUUAUCAAGGUCUUCACUCUUAAUGAUAACCAGUUGGAGCGGGAUGACACAGAGUACCCAGUUUGCAUCCAAGACAACUAGUGAUAAACUAUUGUCUGGUUGUUGAACUGGAAGGAUUCAGCUACUGUCCUCUUGUGUUUGUGAAGUAUGAAGGCUGCGAUGAUAUCAAGUGGUGUUUUGGAAAUUGACAGCCGGCAAGCGUCACACACGUGUGUGCAUGUCACCAAUACCCCAUGUGGUAUCCAGGUGCGUGUGUGUGUGUGUGUGCGUGUGUGUGUGGGUGUGUGUAUGUGGGUGUGUGUGUGUGUGUGUGUGAGAGUGUGUGCGUGUGUGUGUGUGUGUGUGUGUGUGUGUGUGUGCAUGAGUGUCCAUCGCUGUGCCAUUCUGCUAUUGCCAAUUUCUAAGAGCCACUACUCUCCGCUACUGAUCAUCUUUGACAGAUUAGUUUCAUAUCUACCUUCAUCUCCAGUCAUGAUACCUUCCACAUCAAAGAGCGGUGUAUUCUUUGCUUCAAUUUGUUUCUAGUGAGAUAGUAUAUUUUCCUAUGCUUAAUUCUCGUUCAGUUUUUUCCAUUUUUUUGCCGGCGGCAAAUCAACAAUAACGUUUGAAAUGUCAAUGCCACAUCAUU